CUUCACUUUUAAACUAAUUUAUCUUCAGUAGUUGUCAGUAAUUCAUACAGACAAGAAUCUUAAAAAUCAGUGAACGUCCAUCAUGCCUACAAAUAUCUUGUGUAAACCGCAAUCCAAUGUUAUAAAGAGCUUUCGAAAAUAGCGGAAGUUGUAACUUCCGCUUUACUGAUUUCUUAUACAUAUGGAAGUUUUGAUGGCCUCACUUUCGACUACAUCAGUUUUCUACCUAUACUUUAUACCAAAACAGAACCAAGACAAAGGCACAACUUGAACGUUUUUUCUGAAUUAAAAUCGAAAAAUUAUUGUGCUAAUUGUGUUUACUUAUAAACCCUGAUAAACAAACCAAUCCAUAGUACCUCAGCUUUUUGAAUAGUGUUGAUUUGUUACCUUCUGUUCAACUUCGUCUACUUAGCUGAGUAUAAAGAAACAGAAUUUGAUUAAUACUACUCUUUCAAUUGAUUAUACCAGGGCUUAUACUCUCAUCCUUUAUCGUUUAACCGUUUCAAGCGAUCCUUCCAUCCAAAAAACAUUGAAUGUCUGAAGACCAGUCUAAUAGCAAUGGAAAUGCUAAAGAAGGAAUUUCCUUCGGGAAUCUUCCUCGUCCUGAACCAAAAGAAAAAAAUAAACUUACAAUAUCAACCAAUGUUCAGCGACAAGCUCACUCGGAGCCUGUAACACCUGUUACUAGAAGCUCUAGGUCUUCAAUGGACAAGCCGAUUGUUCGUCCUGUUGCUAAGAACUCUGUGACAUUUGCUGCCGCUCAGGGUGCUGGUUUCAUACAGCCGCAAUUUGAGGAAUACCCAUAUAACCGAGCCCACAGCUUAGCUUCUCCUCCACCUAGUCCGCAUUUUCUUAAAAGAAUUUCGUUUGAUACAUUCAACAACAAAGCUGCAUCGGAGUUUUCUCUAACUUUGAAAACCCAACAUCGAGCUUACACAUGGACUCGGGCGUCUCGGACGUUUUUAUGUGGUAUGGAUGGAAAUCUGUACUCAGAAUUUGCAGUAGAGUACUUGUUUGAAUCUCUUCUAUCAGACAACGACGAGGUCGUUAUUUUGCGAGUCAUCGAUCCUUCUUCCAAAAUGGCGGAAGAGUUAUCAGACGAAAACUCUUAUCGCCAAAUGGCAGAAAACGUAAUGGCAACUUUAUUAAAAAAAAUUGACGAAGAGAAAGCUGUAUCUAUCAUAGUCGAACUUGUCGUUGGAAAGCCUCAGGAUAUGAUUCUCCGAACUAUUCAUACUUAUUCACCGGACAGCUUGAUCGUGGGUACCAGGGGAAAGCCUCUGAAUAGUUUUCAAUCCCUCUUAUCCAGUGGAAGCGUUUCCAAAUUCUGUUUACAAAGAAGCCCCAUUCCUGUAAUUGUAGUUCGACCUGACAGAAAGAGGAUGCGUUCAAAAAAUAAACGCCUUAAAGAUAAGACAAGGAAAUCCUAUAUGGAAAUUCUUGAAAAGAGCGGACGUUAACAUGAACUUCCUACGACUACUGCUUGUUUAACUUCUCACAACUAAUGACUUUUAUAACAUUCUCAAACGCUUACAUUAUUUUUUAUUUUAUUCACUGCCGGUUUUUUGAUAUAAUGCGGACAAAUUUUAUUUGAUGCUCUUUGGUAAAUGUAUGAGAAAUGACAUUCAC